CCCCGCCAUUGGAACAUGGAAACAGCGCCACAAAUUUACAUUUGAUUUAACUCAUGGAAUCUCUGUUUUGAUAAUCGCCUAAAGUGGAUUAGUUUACGUUUUUUGUUGUGGAUUUGCAAGGCUGAGAGAGAAGUGUUGAAACAGUCAAAAAAAAGAAAGACUCCGACUUACCGCGUUUUAGACCGCCCCGGGACCUCUGGCAGUCUCUAACCGUAGCCUUGGAGGAGUGCUUGCAGCUUUAUCCCGGCCUGCUAAACGUUUCCAUCUACGGCAGCUGCUCAUACCCACCACAAACCGGAUUUUUUUCUGGAGCAAUGAACAAACCCAAUCGCUUUCUGAAAUGAGCGUUAAAGUGAAUUUAAAAGCCCUCCCACCUCAAGUUUUGCAAGGCGUUCUCAAGAACCCAGAUCCCCAGCGAAUGCUCAGGUCUUCUGAGAAUGUCAUCACUCCUUUCAGUUUCCCCAAGUCUAAAGUCGCACUGUGGGAUCCAGCUCCUACCGGGGAUUCUGUCAGCCUUCAUCUGUGCUAUUACAGGAAUCCCAAGAUUAUUCUGGCGGAGAAAGCCCUCCGCUUGGCAUACCGCCAGGCACGGCAGAGUUGCACUGGCAUCUUUUCUUGUUUCCUGUUGGGUGCUUUAACCGUAGAUGAUGAUGAGGAAGGAGUCACCUUGACGCUGGACCGGUUUGACCCGGGUCGGGACCAGCCGGGGUCGACCGCAAAGGUGCCCACGGCCCUGUUGCCCGGCGAUGUCCUCCUGCCCUGCGUGAUUGGCCCACAAGGGGCGACAUCCGCGAAUCUGCUGCUGCACUCGACUGAGGACCUUAAUGUCACGUUUAAGGCUCUGCGACACAGCUGUUGUAGCAGGGACGCCGCGGAGCUCUCUGACCUCCUGGUACCGCGGGCCCGCCUGGGCUGCUCCGAGCAGCUGGACAGGCUGAGCUUCAGCCUCCGCUGGGCUGCCGUGACGGUAGCCGACACUCUGGACGCCGUCCCCGUGCGGCCGGUCCCCAUCAUCCCAACUGCGCUGGCCAGGAACCUCAGCGGCGUUGCCAGCGUGACUCAGCCACUGCAGGCCGUGUGUCGGAAGCGGGGGUUCCUUACCAUGGAUCAGACUCGUAAGCUCCUCCUCGUACUCGAGUCUGACCCAAAGGCGCACUCGCUGCCUCUUGUGGGAGUAUGGCUGAGUGGGGUCACACACAUCCACAGUCCCCAGGUGUGGGCGUGGUGUCUGCGGUACCUGUAUGGUGCUGCUGUCCAGGACAGGGUGAUGUCGGAGGGCGGGGCAUUCCUGGUGGUGCUAUACUCUCUCACCCAUCGGAAUCCUGAGUUUUACCAGUGCCAGCCGUGUGGCGGACAGCAGGAGAUGACCUUCCAACUGCUCACGAGUACGGAGUCCGUCACCCUUUACAAGCAUGCUGAGAUGACAGGGCGACCUCUGCAGUUCGAGCUGAGUCCUGAAAACGUAAACCAGGAAUCUGAAUUCUUCAAGAAAGUGGUAUCCAGUGUGUCCUUCAGCAGGAGCUCAGGUGGCACAUCUUCAGCCUCCCCACAAAAUAAGCUCUCCAUCAGCGACCAGGAUUCGGGGGUGGAGGACGAGGACCUCUCUCCCAGGCCGUCUCCCAACCCUCACCCACUCAGCCAACAGACGAGGAGUAUCCGCCCCUCGGUGCCUGAGCUUUCCCUGGUCAUGGAUGGCAGUUUUCUGGAUGGUAGGAAGCUGUCAUGCCGUGAACCUCCCCACGCUUUGGGUCCCACGCCAUCGCCGGCUCUGCAGCAGCGAGGAAGUGCUGCCAUUCGCGGAUGCCGCUCGGCCUCUAAGCCGCCCGGCCUGGCCUCCGUGCUCGGCGGCCCGCCCCGGCUCAGAAGGCCACCUGCUCUGGGGACUCUGCCUGCCAGAGAUCAGCCUGGCCCUGGCCAGCAGAGGUUACGAGCCAACGCGGGCAAACAACCCGCCUCCUCUUCCGGAAGGUCAUCUUCGGGGGGCUGUCCACCAUCCCCAGCAAACUCCGCCUCUUCGUCCUCCACACCGUCCACACCGAUGACCAGCGGUUCACCCGACACAUCUGCAAGCCAACCACGGCCAUUGGCGGCUCCCCCCAAGGGUCUGUCUCCCUUCACUCCUCAACCACCGCUGUCAUCCCCCGGCCUUCCCCCCCCGUUGGGGUACCACAGCCUCAGGUGCAGCACUGCCUCUCUCAGUCAAGUACCCCUGUACCCCCAUCCAUCCAACAACAUGCAUAGUACCCCAUCAUCAAAGCCCAGCUCUGAGUGUGUGGGGCUGCCCUGUAGCUGCUGUGUCCGGCAGCAUGGUCACGUCUCCCGGAACACUCCCCUCUCCUGGCAAACGGUGUCCCCCAGCCCUGCAGUACCCCGCCUGUCCUCCGGGGGUGCUGGUGUGGUCUGCUGCCCCACACCGGACAGCACCCCACAUCAUGAGUGCUGCAGUUCCUCACCUCGUCGCGCCUGCUGCCAGUCGUCUCCGCACCACAGUCCCGCUUGCAUCACCAGCAGCCCCGUCCAUCACCCGUCCCCCCAUGAAGCCUGCUCCCCUUCCAGGGAGCAUAGCGCCCCCACCAGGUGGCUCGUGGAACAGCCGGCCCCUGCCUGCCAGGCCCCCUGUUGCCAAGCAGUGUACCCGGCCUUGCCGCCUGGACCUCCAGCUGAUGGAGCGACUGGCAUCUUGCCUGCUGACGCCUACAGGAUCCUCGUGGACCAGGACCGUCAGCUGAAGUUACUGCACGCUCAGAUAAAGAAGCUCCUUGAAGCUCAGGGCAAGGAAUCGAGUCCCGCAGCCCCCCCAUCCUCCACAGAGAGGUGGCAGGAGGAGGCGAAGGAGCGAGUCAGCAUCGCUGUGAGCACAGGAGCCAGUUUGUACUGGAGCCCCCCGCAAGGAGAGCCUGAGUCAGAGCUUGAGGCACAGGGUGAGAUUGAGGUCAGCUCCGCCUUCACUCUCCCCACCCCUGAGGAACACGCCUCUUCCUCCAUGACCAGCGACGGCCCGGACAGGGAGGACGAGCGGCGGCAGACAGUGGGCGUGUCUUCACCCAGGUCUCUGCCUGCCGAUGGACUGCACGUCUUCCAGAGCCCAGUGCCAGGAGAGUCUGCCGUGCUGUGUGACCAGGCGCGGUCUCCAGACGAGCUGGGCUCCCCCCCACAGCAAGCCAGCACCUCGGAGGAUGAGCAGAGAUUUUACAAAGUCUUGCUGGGCCAGGUGAACAGUCGCCUUCAAGCCUCCUUGGGGAAGGAAGAGGCUGAGCAGCAAGAACGCGCUGUAUGGACUGGACCCCCCACGGAGAGGCAUAGCCUAUCCCCUAAGGAGGCUCCGCCCCCCCGGUCUGCCCAGCUCGAGGGACGGAAGAAGACCUCGGAGCCUGACAAGCCGGAGCAAGACCAGGUGCUGCAAGCCACACUCAGGCAGCUGCAGAAGCUGGGGGUGACCGUGGAGCUGGACCCUCCUCGGCAGGGCAAGGCCACGCGCAGCACCCUUGAGAGCACCAGCACGCUGGCCUCCAUCAGUCCCGAGGCAGUGGUCCCUAGACUGACCCUCUCAGAAUCUGUUGGGACAAGCAUGUGGGCCCCCAGCGUGGGAGGCAGCGUGGACCUGAGUCUCGAGGCCAACGCCAUCGCCCUGAAAUACCUCAGCGACUCUCAUCUCUCACGGUUCUCCUUGGGGAUGAGGCCUUCAGUACCUCUGCAGAGCCCUGGCGCAGUGCAUUCUGGGAAUGCUUUUACAGAAUGUGCCACGACGGGACUGAGCGUGCUGUCUUCUAGCAACAUGUCCUUUGCCACCAGGAAGUACAUGAAGAAGUAUGGUCUGAUAGAGGAAAACGGUAGCGAGGAGGAGGUGGAAAUGCAGGAAGAGGCAGAGAGUACGGAUCUGCGGAGGGACUCGGCCCUGGGCCACUCCGCCCGGACAGACCUGUCUGAGAAUUUCAGUCCCGAGCGAGGUGGGAUCCUAAAGAACAUUGGGAAUAACCAGGCAGGAUCCCAGAGCCAACUUCUCCGAGACCUACGACCGAAGAUGCAGCUUCUCUCUAGUGGUGCCAAAAAGAAAUCCCAACAGGAGAACGACCCCCAUGAGAGAGGCCCGCAGCCCAUGUGGGUGGGAGCCCAGGCACCUCGGGAUCCUUCAGUGGCAGAGAGCUCUGUGGGCAACUUCUUGGACCUUAGCCGUCUCCGGCAGCUCCCCAAGCUCUUCUGACAAACCGCUGACUGGCUCGAGCGGUAACUAUUCAAACAAAUGUACUGUACAUGUGACAACUUCUGAGCAUGUUUGUUUAUAGAUUACAGUAGAUGUCAGUGCAAUUGUCCACAUUACCCUCCUGGUUUGGUGUCACCAAUCCAUGCUAUUCCCUCAUUAGUUAGUGUGGUCGAUACUGUCAGCCCUGUUUUGUUGCACCAACCUGAAGUCGCUUGUUUUGGGAUGUGGCUGCAUUGCAGGAGAGGGAGGGAGGGAAAGAGGUGUGAUGUCAGCGCCAGUAUUUCUGAACUGGCUUUUGUCCUUUUUAAGAUGUGCGUGUCUCUCUAUGAAGAGCUGCUAGAAGUAAACAUCAUUACUAAUUGAAUUGAUUUCAGUUACUUAAACCUGGGUAUGUUUACAUUUUAAGUGUAUUGUACCCUUUUAAAUGUUUUGUUCGUCAGGAAAAUGUUUUUAUAUGUGGUUUACUCUGCCUGUAAUGGAAUUUUAUUUUAGGCUGAUUUGUAGGUCAGUCGAUUCCACAUUUGUUUUCCAAAUCAGGUGGCUGUGAACAAAGUCAGUGUUAUAUUUUAUUUGCUUUUAUUUUAUUGGAAAACUUUUACAUCAAUUACCUCCACUUUUUUGACACCACUAUGCUAACGCUGAGUUUUUAAAAAAAUUUAAAUAAAGGUCGUCUCGAUUUCUUA